AUGAAAGCCACACACUGUGUCCUCAGUUGAUCGAUACUGAAUGUGUUCUGUUUCAGUGGCAGGACCCAGAAACAGUUGAUGGAGUAUAUGCCCACAGGGGAGAAAAAACACAGACCUUUCGAAAGGUCCUACUGUAAGUCAGAGUCCAGACAGUGUAGAUCCUCUCCUGACCUCCUCACAGACGUCUCCAAACAGCUCUACGAGCAGUCCCACUCGUUCCCGCGCCCCGGAUGCCACAGUGAAGAGGAAGUGGAAAGACAACAACAGGAAGUGGGAGGAGCUAACCCUAAACGCAGCCAAUCAGCUGUCGAAGUGGUCUUCUCCACGGAACUGCAGCGGUCCCGCCUCCCACAAGCUUUCCACCAAUCAACGGCCUCUCCUAAGCAAAGGUCCGCCUCUACAUCGGUAGACAUCGAGGAGAGGAGGGCAGGGGGGCAAUGGCAGGGAGGGGCGGGGCAUCACCACGGUAACAGCAGGGCCAGACUUCGGCCCAAACCCCAGCCUGCCUCCGACGCGCAGCAAUUGGUCCUCCUAUAUCCCAAUAACCCCGCCUACCAGUUCCAUCCAGUCCUUCCAACAUUCCCAUUGGCCAGCUAUCCUCACGGACAUGCCUACUUUUUGGACGGUGCCGUAACCUCAUUGGAGCGUCUCCCGCAGAUGCAACGCUUAGACCACACCGUGUUGGAGGGGCUGACACACCCUUCUCUCUACACACGCUCUGAUUCGUCUUCCCUGUCGCCACUCAGGCGGAAUCUCCGCCCAUCCGGGCUGGGAUUGACCAGGGUCUACCACGGUGGGUUCUUGAGCGGAAACGCAGCCAGGAGUUUCGACGUCGGGAGAAUAGAGGCAGGACAUUACAGCGACGACUCCAACUUCCUGCCUGGACUUCCUCGUCGUGCCACCAGCCAACCGGACGUUAAGCUCCCCAGAGUAGUCCCCGCCUCCAACCCCGCCUCUGAGUUCCGUCCCCUAGGUUACUACCCCCACCUAUCACGUCACCAGACUCCACAAAGACCCUCCUACCUGCCUCUAAACUCCUCCCCCUUGCCAGACCGGCCCACCUCGCUGUGUGUUCUAGGGGGGUCUGGUGGAAACUACAGUGAUUCAGACCCAGAGGUAAUCUACCCAUACUACUGCCCAGUACCCCCGUUGGGUAAAGUGGUACGGUCCAAUGCUCUGGCUAGGAUGAGGUUUUCCUCUGGGAGUUUACAACUGGAGGAGGAAGAGGGGGAAGAGGAGAGGUAUAGCAGUGGAGGAGAGGGUACACCUCGAAUUACGAAACUGAGACUGUAGAAUAGUGGUGUGUAGAUCUACAGGUGUUGUGUGUGUGUGUGUGUGUGGUCAGGGUGACAUUUGGUGUAUUCAGGAUGUUUUGUACAUUGAAGAGAUAU